ACAAGACACACUGGCUGUGUGGAGCUGAGGAGACCUCCCUGCUGGAGUAAAAAGUUUAGAUCACAGAGGGGGAAAGGCUGAUUCUCCUGGAAGGUGAACUGGUGUGUACUGGACGGCUGAAAAAGGGAAACCUCAAACCCAAGGAUUGUUUUGCAGCUGGAGGAGCAACAGGUAUGACAGGCCGAGCUGUGACUGUGUCCGUGGCUUUGUUGGCCCUUUGCUUUCUGCUGAUUCCCAAAGGAGGGAGGAGUGCCGGGGGGAUAGUUUCUCUCCUGCAGAUCGAACAGGAGACGCAGACGGAGGAUGAGGUGCGAGACGAGUCCCUGGAUGAGGCAGAGAGGGAGCAGGAGUUUGAAGUGGACCCACUGAGAAGCAGCAUCAGAGUCCGGAGAGACUCGGAAGGAGCUGCACAUGCAGGCGUUUGGAGCAGAGUGAGGCGAGCACCAGAUGAAGGUAAAAAGAAGAAGAAGGACAAGAAGAGCAAAGAACCAAAGGACCCAAAUGCCACCAAGAAGCCUAAAACUGACAAGAAGGGCAAGAAGAAGGACAAACUGAAAACAACGACUCUACCACCCACCACCACAACUCUGCCAACAGAACCCCCCACAGAUCCUCAGUCAUACCCAGAUUACUAUCCAGAUUCUGACUGGAAACCCGAGGAUGACUACUGGGAAGCCGAGACCACUCCAUCCACAGGUACAGACCCCCCAUAUGACUUGUGGAGACCUGAGGACGAAGAUCUAGCUGGUCCUGUGACAGACAACUACGAUGACUACUGGAAACCAGAGGAGAAGGAGCUGUCCACUUCUCCACCCAUCUAUGAGGACAGUUGGACUAUCAAAGCAUGGACGGAGGAAGAGACAGAAUCGUAUGUUCCUGUGACUGACAACUACGACAGCUAUUGGAAGGAAGUGGAUCCGACCCCUGGGGCUCCUGACACUGGGAAGACUGGACCAGAUGACAGUGAUUACUGGGAUGCUGCACUUGAGCUGCCGGACAAACUACCCUUUCCUGAUGGUGAAGAGGUCAGCCCUGAAAUUGAAGUAGAAACUCUCCCAGAAGAACCCACACCCAUUGCUCCCUUUGAUAGGACUUGGUAUGAUGAUUAUGAUGAAUAUGGAAUGAAGAGGAAAGAGGAUGAAACAGAUGAUAAGUGGAUGGAGAAAGAGAGAGAAAAAGCCAACAAAGAGAGGGAGCAGGAAGAGAGAGAAAGAGCCCAGAAACUGAAAGAGGCAGAGGAGAGAGCCAGGAACAGACCACGCAUUUUUAAAGAGCCAAAGAAAUGUCCUCCUCUGGGGAUGGAGUCCCAUAAGAUCGAGUCGGACCAGCUUUCAGCCUCCUCCAUGUCUCAUUAUAGGUUUGCACCUCAGAGAGCACGCCUCAACAUGCAGGGUUCUGAUGAUGAAGACAACAUGAAAGGUGGGGCAUGGUGUGCAAACUCUGAGGACAGGAUUCACUGGUUUGAGAUAGAUGCUCGCAGGGAGACAGAGUUCACUGGAGUUGUAACUCAAGGGCGAGAUUCCUUAAACGAGAGUGACUAUGUGACGUCCUACUUCCUGGCCUUCAGCAACGACAGCAGAGAAUGGACCACAAUUCAUGAUGGGUAUGCUGACUGGUUGUUUUUUGGAAACAGUGACAAGGACGCUCCUGUCAUGAACAGGCUUGCUGAACCUGUGGUGGCACGCUACAUUCGAAUCAUCCCUCAGAGCUGGAACGGCUCUCUCUGUAUGAGGCUGGAGGUCCUGGGCUGCCCUCUGACUGAUUCAGGCAAUGCUCUAUACAGACUAAAUGAAGUGAGCCCGGUGGAUUACCUGGAGUUUAAACACCACAGCUACUCAGAGAUGGUUGAGCUCAUGAAGUCAGUGAAUGCAGAGUGUCCCAACAUCACCAGCGUUUACAGUCUGGGCCGCAGCUCUAAGGGACGGGAAAUCAUGGCCAUGAUCAUCUCUGGCAACCCCACGGAGCACGAAAUAGGUGAGCCAGAGUUUCGUUACACAGCAGGUCUCCAUGGAAAUGAGGCGGUGGGCAGAGAGAUGAUCCUGCUUCUCAUGCAGUACCUGUGCAAAGAGUACAAGGACAGAAACCCCAGAGCGCAGCGCCUGGUUGAGGGGAUGCGCAUCCACCUGGUGCCUUCACUCAACCCUGACGGACAUCAGAGAGCUUUUGAAGUGGGUUCAGAGCUCAGUAGUUGGACCACCGGACACUUCACAGAGGAGGGCUUUGACAUCUACCAGAACUUUCCUGAGCUGAAUAAUAUCUUGUGGGAUGCGGAGGAUAAGGGCAUGGUGCCCAAACUCACCCCCAACCAUCACGUGCCCAUACCAGAGAACUUUGAGACUAAUAGCUCGAUCGCUACAGAAACCAGAGCCAUAAUCUCCUGGAUGAAAAACCAUCCAUUUGUGUUGGGUGCAAACUUGCAAGGAGGGGAGGCAAUCGUAGCUUAUCCUUAUGACAACUUACGUCUCAACAAGCCUGCAGAGAGCCAGAAACCACACAGCCGCUGGAAGAGACAGUAUGAGGAGGAAGAGUUUGAUGUGAUGGAGUGGGGAAGAGGCCAUGAGGAGCCUGAAGAGGACUGGAGAAGUCAAGGAUACGCACAGCCAGAGGAGGAGUGGCGAGGCCACGGCUAUGACCACGAAUCUGAUCAUGAGGGUUACGAGCAUGGUUAUGAACACGGCUACAAUCAGGGUUAUGAACAUAGGGAGGAAGAAGAGGAUGACAGAGAAAGAAGUGCCGGGUACCAGUACACCGAUCCUGAAGAUGAGCCUCGGGUCACUCCAGACGAGUCCCUGUUCAGGUGGCUGGCUAUCUCCUACGCCUCCACACACCUGACCAUGACGCACAACUUUCGUGGGUCAUGCCACGGAGACCCGCCUGCAGGAGGGCUCGGUAUCAUCAACCGGGCCAAGUGGAAGCCAGUCACAGGCAGUAUGAACGACUUCAGCUACUUGCACACCAACUGCUUGGAGCUGUCUGUGUUCUUGGGCUGCGAUAAGUUUCCUCAUCAGAGCGAGCUGGCAUACGAGUGGGAGAAAAACAGAGAAGCCAUGCUCAUCUUCAUGGAGCAGGUGCAUCGUGGCAUUAGAGGCGUUGUGAAAGAUCUGCAGGGGAAUCCAAUCGCAAAUGCCACAAUAUCUGUGGAGGAGAUAAACCACGAUGUUACCACAGCACCUACAGGAGACUACUGGCGGCUGCUCAAUCCAGGGGAGUACCGUGUGACAGCUCGAGCUGAAGGCUUCUCCCCCAUGACUAAACUCUGCGCGGUGGGCUACGAGUCCGGAGCAACCGCCUGCAGCUUCAACCUCGCCAAGUCCAACUGGCACCGCAUUAAACAGAUCAUGGCCCUUCAUGGCAACAAGCCAAUUAGACUCAGCUACAGUAACAGCCGAACGCACAACCCUUCAGUUGUUAGCAGCAAUACACAUGUGGGUGGCGGCACCAGUGGGUUUUCUACAAAUUCCCGACUUAGUCCUGAGCAGCGAAGGAGGCUCAGGAUCAUGCGCAUCCACCGCCUUCGCCAGCAGAGAUUAAUGAGGUUAAGAUCGACAACAACAAUGACAACGACAACAACAACAACAACCACAACCACACCCACAACAACACCAAUUCCUACAACGUGGUGGUACGACUCAUGGGCUAUAGGGGAGGGACAGUCUCCAACACCGGUCCUGGAUUACAACUACGAGUACAAGAUCGAUGACUAUUAAACCAAAGAGGCUCGUUUCAGUGAGCAGCUCUGUUGUGUUUUUAAGGUGGUUACAGAAUCAAAUCUUUACGAGUCUUUGUAUGACAAAAGCAGUGAGGAUGUACAGAAUGACUCCAGUAGAAUAAAGUAUCUAUUACUUAACUCCUGAAAUAUCUUUUUAUAGAAGUUGAUCUGUUAAAAUAGUGGAAGUUCAGUUUAAAGU